CCCUUCAAACUCUGGCCCGAUUCGUGUGGCUGCUCGGUGCGAGCGGUGCGCUGGUGGGCUUUCCGCUGGGGCCCGUUCGCCUCCCUGCCCAGAAGUCGCCCCAGGCGCGCUCUCACUCCGAAUCCGGACGCGACGUUCCCCGGGCUCCGCUAAAGUGUAGUUCUCCUGCAGAGGCCCCAGUGCCCGGAUGUCCAUCAGGAUUAGUGCGAACCAAUACGCUUCCAGCCCGAGGCUGCGCUGAGGGCGCCCGGGGCUCCGGAGCAGGUAGUCCCCGAACCUCGGGGAGUCGAGCUGGGGAAUCAUCCCCGCACGGCUCCGGCAAAUGGUGAGCGAGACGCUGGCAGCAGGGCCCGCGGGUUGAAAGGUCUGAUGGACAGAAGACAGUGGGCUCUCUAAGCUGAAUGAUGGCAGCCCACUCAAGCUUGUACAAUGAAGACAGAAACCUGCUUCGAAUUAGAGAGAAAGAGAGACGCAAUCAGGAAGCUCACCAAGAGAAGGAGACAUUUCCUGAAAAAAUCCCCCUUUUUGGAGAACCUUACAAGACAGCAAAAGGUGAUGAGCUGUCCAGUCGGAUACAGAACAUGUUGGGAAAUUAUGAAGAAGUGAAGGAGUUCCUUAGUACCAAGUCCCACCCUCAGUGCUUGGAUGCUUCUGAAAAUAGGUUGGGAAAACCGAGAUAUUCUUUAUUUCCUGACAAGGGGAGCAGCAUUCCAUCCAACUCCUUCCAUACCAGUAUCCACCACCAGCCCAUUUACACUCCCGCCUCCGGACCACUUCCUGUUGGUAACAUUAGCCACAAUCCAAAGAUAGCACAGCCAAGAAUGGAACCAUUGCCAAGUUUCCAUGCCAAAAACUAUGGCCCACCUGACAGCCAGCACCUGAUCCAGGACCGUCUCGGACAGGAGGGAUACAGCUCUAGUCAUCACAAAAAAGGUGACCGUAGAGCUGAUGGAGACCAUUGUGCUUUAACAAUAGACUCAGCUCCAGUAAGGGAGCUCUCUCCCUUGAUUUCUUCUUUGCCUUCCCCAGUGCCCCCUUUGUCACCUAUACAUUCCAACCAGCAAACUCUUCCCAGGAUGCAAGGAAGCAGCAAGGUUCACAGUAGUAGCAAUAACAAUAAAGGCCACUGCCCAACCAAGUCUCCCAAGGACCUGGCAGUGAAGGUUCAUGAUAAUGAGACCCUUCAAGACAGUUUGGUGGCAGUUGUCAGCCAUGGGGUAGCCCCUCCCCAGCCACCUUCUCAGACAUUUCCACCCCCCUCCCUCCCCUCAAAAAGUGUUGCAAUGCAGCAGAAGCCCACAGCUUAUGUGAGGCCCAUGGAUGGUCAAGAUCAGGCUCCAAGUGAGUCUCCUGAGCUGAAACCACUGCCGGAGGAGUACCGGCAACAGAACUUUGAAAGAACAGACUCAAAAGUGCCUGCCGAAGCCAAGCUCACCAAACUGAAGAUGCCUUCGCAGACAGCUGAGCAGACAUACUCCAAUGAAGUCCAUUGUGUUGAAGAAAUUCUAAAGGAAAUGACCCAUUCAUGGCCUCCUCCUUUGACAGCAAUACAUACGCCUAGUACAGCUGAGCCAUCCAAGUUUCCUUUCCCUACAAAGGAUUCUCAGCAUAUCAGUUCUGCAACCCAAAACCAAAAACAAUAUGAUGCACCUUCAAAAACUCACCCUAAUUCUCAGCAAGGAACAUCCAUGCUUGAAGAUGACCUUCAGCUCAGUGACAGUGAGGACAGUGACAAUGAACAAACCCCAGAGAAGCCUCCUUCCUCAUCUGCACCUCCAAGUGCUCCACAGUCGCUUCCAGAACCAGUGGCAUCAGCACAUUCCAGUAGUGCAGAGUCCGAGAGCACCAGUGACUCAGACAGCUCCUCAGACUCGGAGAGUGAGAGCAGUUCAAGUGACAGCGAGGAGAAUGAGCCCCUAGAAACCCCAGCUCCUGAGCCUGAACCUCCAACAACAAACAAAUGGCAGUUGGACAACUGGCUGACCAAAGUCAGUCAGCCUGUGGUGCCUGCCGAGGCCCUGGGGAACACAGAGCUGCCCCGUCGGCGCCAGGAAAGCAAGGGUGGCAGCGAGAGCACCGCAAAUCAGGAGCAUUCUGAGUCCAAAGAUCCUCCCCCGAAGAGCUCCAGCAAAGUCCCCCGGGUCCCUUCUGAAGGCCCCCACCCUGGAAAGAGAACCUGUCAGAAGUCCCCUGCACAACAGGAACCCCCACCUAGGCAAACUGUUGGAACCAAACAACCCAAAAAACCUGUCAAGGCCUCCGCCCAGGCAGAUUCUCGGGCCAGCUUGCAGGUGGAAAGUGAGCCAGGACUUCUUCCCUAUGGCUCAAAGGACCAGACCUCCAAAGAUAAGCCCAAGGUGAAGACGAAAGGCAGGCCCCGGGCUGGGGGCAGCAGAGAGCCCAAGCCUGCAGUGCCGGUCCCCAGUGAGAAGAAGAAGCACAAGAGCUCCCCCGCACCCCCCUCCAAGGCGCUCUCAGGCCCAGAACCCACGAAGGACACUGUGGGAGACAGGAGCCCUGAGCACUUUGCUCUUGUCCCCCUGACUCAGAGCCAGGGCCCGCCCCAUAGUGGUGGUGGUGGCAGGACUAGCGGCUGCAGGCAAGCAGUGGUGGUCCAGGAGGACAGCCGCAAAGACAGACUCCCAUUGCCUUUGAGAGACACCAAGUUGCUCUCACCGCUCAGGGACACUCCCACCCCACAGAGCUUGAUGGUGAAGAUAACCCUAGAUCUUCUCACUCGGAUUCCCCAGCCACCAGGGAGGGGAAGCUGCCCAAAGAAACCGGAAGAUAAACAGCUGCCUGUAGGGAAGAAGCAGGACUCUGAGAAGAGAAGCUCAGACAACUCCAGCAAGUUGGCCAAAAAGAGAAAGAUCGAAACAGAAAGAGACUAUGAUAACAAAAAAAUCAGACUGGAGAAAGAAGCCAAAUCACAGUCCUCUUCAUCCUCAUCCUCCCACAAAGAAUCUUCUAAAACAAAGACACCUAGGCCCUCCUCAGAGCCCACAAAAAAGGAAAUGCUUCCCCCUCCACCUGUGUCGUCCUCAUCCUCGUCCUCCCAAAAACCAGCCAAGCCAGCACACAAGAGGUCAAGGCAGGAAGCAGACAUUUGUGGCCACGACCCUCCCAAAAGUGCCAGUAGUACCAAGAGCAACCAUAAAGACCCUUCCGUUUCAAAGCACAGAAAAGUACAGGGGAAAGGCUCUGGAAGCUCCGCUGAACACAAAGGAUCUUCUGGAGACGCUGCAAAUCCUUUUCCAGUGCCUUUUUUGCCAAAUGGUAACUCUAAACCAGGGAAGCCUCAAGUGAAGUUUGACAAACAGCAAGCUGAUUUUCACAUGAGGGAGGCCAAAAAGUUGAAGUGCAAAGCAGAGUCAAUGACGGACAAGGUUGGAAAGGCCUUCAAGUACUUGGAAGCCAUCCUGUCCUUUAUCGAGUGUGGGAUUGCCAUGGAGUCUGAGAGUCCGGCCUCCAAGUCGGCUUAUUCAGUGUACUCAGAAACUGUAGAUCUCAUUAAAUUCACAAUGUCAUUAAAAUCAUUCUCAGAUGCCACAGCACCAACACAAGAGAAAAUAUUUGCUGUUUUAUGCAUGCGUUGCCAGUCCCUUUUGAACAUGGCAAUGUUUCGUUGUAAAAAAGACGUAGCAAUAAAGUAUUCCCGUACUCUUAAUGAACACUUCAAGAGUUCUUCCAAAGUGGCCCAGGCCCCUUCUCCAUGCAUUGCAAGAAGCACAGGCACACCAUCCCCUCUGUCCCCAAUGCCUUCUCCUGCCAGCUCUGCAGGGUCCCAGUCAAGUGCUGGCAGUAUGGGGAGCAGUGGAAAGACUGCCACAAUCAGUACUCCAGUCACCAUCCAGAACAUGACCUCUUCCUAUGUCACCAUCACAUCCCAUGUCCUUACCGCCUUUGAUCUUUGGGAACAGGCUGAAGUCCUUGCAAGGAAGAAUAAAGAAUUCUUUGCUCAACUCAGCACAAAAGUAUGCACCUUGGCCCUCAACAGCAGUUUGGUGGACCUGGUGCACUAUAUAAGACAGGGUUUUCAGCGGCUCAAACAAGUAACCAAAACACCUUAAUGGAAACCCAAGUUGACUCCAUGCCUUGGGGACUUUUUUUUUUUUUUUUUUUUUUGCACAUUGGAAGCGUAAAAAACAGUCUCGACAUUUGUCUCAUCAGGAUAUCAAACUCAAGAAGAGAAGCAGCAUAAGAUGGCCAGGAGGUUUGUCCACAUAAACUCUCAAGAGUCGUGUUUUCAUUGGGUGGACACUAUGGUUACACAGAAGCAGAGAUGGAGGUCAGCCCCAGAGAUGAUCUUGCCUUUCCUAACUACAGAAUAAAAGUGCAAUGUAGCCUAAUGGGCAUGUGAA